AUGAAUGAAUACAUUUUAAUACAUACAUUUAUAUAAACGAUAUUAAUUAGUAAUUCAGGAUCCUCAAAUAAUGAAGAUUUUUAUCAUGUAGGAAAAACUUGUAUUAAAGAACUGAUCAAACUAAAUUUAUCUUAAAAUAUUAACAGUUAAAACUGCUUUCUGCAAUUUUAUUACAUAUUUGUAUUUGUCAAAAUAGAGGAGGAGGAGGAUAAAAGAUAUUUUUACUUUAAAUUUGCUUUAAUAUUUAUUUUUCAUAAAAAAAGAAUUUUCUUUAUUAGAUCUAAGAAAACUCAAAUAUUUUAAAGAUAAAUUACACAAAAAAGUAAGAAAAUAUUGAAAUAUAUUUAGAAACAGAAAUUAUGUAUCAGUUCAAUUAAAAUAUUGAAGAUUUUUGACUUGCGUAAUGCUACUCCUGCUACAUUAUCUCGUGCUGGUGUUCUCUUUAUUAAUUAAAUUGAUAUUGAUUGGGAGAAAAAAAAAAGAAAAUCAAUUAAGCUAUUUAUGUUAUUUAAUCAAAAAUGUAUUAGAAUUCAUGUGAGUAAUGCGAAAUUCAAAUAAAAACUAGUUUAUAUAUUAUUUUAUUAUAUUAAAAAAUAAGGGAAUUUUUAAUUGGAGAAUUUUAAAUAAAAUAAUUUUUAGCAAUUUUAAAAUGUUAUUAAUUAACUCUUACUUUACAAAAAUAAUCAAUAUUAGUUUUAAAUAAAGUAAAUUUUAUAAUAAAGUUAAUUUACGAAUAGAUAACAAUAUAGAUAGAUAUAAAUAACACAAUAAUUUUGUUAUGCUUUAACUAUUGCUUAAAUAUCAUAUUAAUGA